AUUAGCUUUUAAUUGAUCCCCGGAAUGUGUGAUGUGUAGGUAACGUUGAUUUCGUUUAGUUAAGUUAUCAGGAUGCUAGUUAUAAAUAGAAAUCUCUUCAUUUUGUGUUGGCUGUUGUUCACUUUUUCUCUGAAUGCCGAUGCAAAAUGUAGUUUUUACGGAAUGUGCAAUACCGAUGACAGAGGACUGGAACAAUAUUGUGUUCCAUAUUUUGAUAUACCAACACAACCGAAACCAUUGGAUGAGUCAGAUCCUAAUUAUGAAGAGGCUAUAUCUGGUAUUAGAGAAUAUUGUCCCCAUCUGCUUGACGAAAAUGGAAAAACUAAAGAUCUGUGUUGCGACCCUGCCCAAGUGAUCGCAGUGGCAGAUGGUUUUAAGAAAUCCGCACCAUUCAAGAGAUGUCCUUCAUGUGCCAAAAAUAUAUACAGUCUUUUCUGCGAGAUCACUUGUUCUCCAAACCAACAUGAAUUUGUGACUCAUUAUAACUUCAAACCGGCUCCCCAACAUUGGCCUCGACGGUACGUCACCGACUUCGAUUUGAACAUUUACGAAUCGACAAUGAAUAAAGUUUACGCAUCUUGCAAAGAUGUUUCAAUGCCGUCUACAGGAGGAUUGGUUAUUGAGAGUGCAUGUGGAACAAGCGGGAAGUGUUCUCCAGAACGAUUUUUUGAGUUUACGACUGAUCCAGUAAAGAAUCUCUUCUCCCCUUUCAAGAUGAAUUUCAAUCCUGUUAAUGAUUCUGUAGUUGGAGCUGUGAAUUCAACAUCAUAUUCUUGUGAAGAGGCUUGGCCAGAUUCAAUAAGUUGCGGAUGUGUAGACUGCCCUUCGAGUUGUGAUGGUAACAAAUUCGAUGUCAUUGACGACACAUUUUUACUGUUCGGACAAUUCAAAAUCAUUUCCUUCGCUGUAUCAAUGUUGAUACUGAUUAUGGGCUUAACCAGUAUGGCAGUCAUAAUAAUAUUCAGAAACACUUCAUGUAAAAUUGGUGGAUGUGGAAAAAUUGGUUCGUGUACAAGAAUAAUAAAAAAAUAUGGAGACAAAGUCCAUCAAAAUUUGGAAGACGCAUUUUACGUUUUAGGUAGAGUUGUGGUGAUGAAUAGAUUCAAAGUUUUGGCUAUGUGCGUCGUAGUGAUGGUUUUUCUUGCAGUGGGCAGUCUAUUUCUAAAAGUGACUUCUGAUCCAGUGGAAUUAUGGGCUUCACCUGAUAGUCGAAGUCGACAGGAAAAAAAAUUCUUCGACGAUAACUUCGGACCAUUUUACAGAUCGAAUCAAAUUUUUAUAAAAACCGUAGGAGUUGAACCGUUUCAGUUUGAAUCAAAGGACGACGGAGAAAUUACUUUGGGACCCGCAUUCAAUGAGACUUUUUUGAAUGAGGUAUUCAGGAUACAAAAACUUAUUGAAAAUAUAACUUUUGAAACAACAAAAGCAGACGGAACAAUAAUCACGAAGGGUCUGGAAAGUAUCUGCUAUACUCCUAUACGAACAAUUUAUUCAGAUGAACCAUCUAUAAAUGAUUGUACAGUUAUUUCUCUUCUGGGAUUAGUCGAAAACAGCAUAGAAAAAUUCAAUUCCAAUAUAACUACUUCCUAUCAGACUAUUAUCGAGUGUUUGCGAUCACCCUAUAGCAUGAAUUGUUUAGCCCCGUAUGGAGGUCCAAUUCUGCCAGGACUAGCGUUAGGGGGAGCCUCCCACGAAAAGGAAUAUUUCGAUGCCGUUGGUGUGACGCUUACUUUCAUAACUUCAAAUAAAGCGGAUAAAAAUGAGCUAACCGACACUAUGGAGUGGGAAAAAAGAUUUAUAUCCUUAUUGAAAGAAUAUGAUGUCGAAGAACGACCAGAUUUCAUGGACAUUGCCUUCAAUGCCGAAAGAUCCAUUGAGGAUGAAAUUGCAGAACUUUCGAAAUCCACUGCGUGGACAGUCGCUGUCAGCUAUUCAGCAAUGUUCAUUUAUAUAACUUUGUCACUGGGAAAUAUAACGAGCUGCAGACAUUUCAUGUUUGAAUCGAGGAUAUCCCUUGCCUUUGGAGGAAUUGUGAUAGUAUUCGUCUCUGUGAUUUGUUCAGUAGGUCUUUGUGCAUAUUUUGGUAUAACAACAACUAUGAUAACUAUUGAAGUUAUUCCGUUCCUGGUAUUGGCUGUCGGAGUCGACAACAUAUUCAUUAUAGUUCAAACCCAUCAAAGAUCUGAAAACAACAAUAAAGAUAUAACAGAAAGUAUUGGACGAACAAUGAAGAAAGUGGGACCUAGUUUAGUGUUGACGAGUAUUUCAGAAAUACUUUGUUUUGCAAUAAGUUGCCUGUCUACCAUGCCAGCUGUGCAUACAUUCGCAUUAUUUGCCACGAUAGCCGUUUUAUUCAAUUUCAUAUUCCAAAUAACAGCAUUCGUUGCUCUCUUGUCAUUGGACGUGGAGAGGCACCAGAAGAACCGAAUGGAUUUGUUUUGCUGUAUAAAAUCCGGUAACCCUCAAAAAGACAACGUACCCGGCAUGUUGCAGAAGUUUUGGAUCAAUUACUACACACCAUUCAUAAUGAAGUAUCCCGUCAGAUGCGUCAUAAUGUUGCUUUUCACAUUGAGUCUGUGUGCUUCAAUUCUAGUUAGCUCUUGGAUAGAAAUUGGGCUAGAUCAGAAAUUGUCGAUGCCUCAAGGAAGUCAUGUACUCAAAUAUUUUGAGUUCAUGAACAGCUUACUGGGAAUAGGUGUUCCAGUUUAUUGGGUGACGAAAGGACCGAUAGACUACUUCGAUCCAGACAUUUACAAAAACUUGUGUGGAGGUUCCAAUUGUUCGUCGAGUUCUGUAAGCACUCAACUAUAUAUGGCGGCAAAACAAAGUAACAUCACAUACUUGUCAGUUCAGGCAAGUUCCUGGUUGGACGAUUUCAAGGAAUGGGGAGAAAGCGACAGUUGCUGCAAAUAUUUCAAAUCGAAUGGAUAUUUUUGCCCCCACACUUAUGGCUCAGAUAACUGCGACCUUUGUAAUUAUGAUUCGAUGGGAAAUAUGACUCAGUACGAAUAUUUCAAGAGAUAUCUUCCUCAUUUCCUCAACGACAAUCCCGAUCCGAGUUGUUCCAAAGGAGGGCAUGCUCCUUACUCAGGGGGGAUUAACUACAUCACUGAUGAAAAUGGCCUUUCUACCGUAAUAGCAUCCUAUGUUAUGUCAUAUCACACCGUAGCGAAAAAUUCUUCAGACUUUAUAGGAGCGUUGAAAUACGCCAGACACAUUGCAGAAAAUUUGACAAAAACCAUCGACAUUCCAGGUGUUGAAAUAUUUCCUUACGGGGUUUUUUACGUAUUCUACGAACAAUACCUAACGAUAUGGGCUGACACUCUGGAGUCCUUGGCGUAUGCAUUGUUGGGUGUUUUUGUAACGCACAUGAUCUUCACUGGAUUCAGCAUUUUUUCUUCUGCGGCUGUUACUGUCACUGUGAUUAUGAUAAUCGUACAUAUGAUGGGGCUGAUGUGGGCAUGGAAUAUAUCACUGAAUGCUAUUUCUCUUGUGAAUCUAGUCAUGAGUGUUGGAAUUGGAGUAGAAUUUUGCGGACAUAUUGUACAUUCAUUCUUACAUUCCUCGAAAGACGACCCGACUGACAGAGCUGCUGACGCGUUGGGUGACAUGGGAAGUAAGAUGGCCCCAUAGGACGAAAUCGAAAGG